AUGUCGACGCCAACUGUGUACCUUGUCACUGGCACGAAUCGUGGUGUGGGCCUUGCAUUCGUCCGCCUUCUCUCGACCCGCCCGGAUGUUAUAGUCUACGCCACUGCGCGUAAGCUCGAAGGCGCGGCGGAGUUGCGAGUACUAGCGGAUGAGUCUGCUGGAAAGAUUCGCUUGCUCGAGUUGUCGUAUGGAGAUGAGCAGAGCAACGCGGCCGCGGCGGAACGCGUUAAGAGCGAGGUCGGCCGGUUGGAUGUGGUGAUUGCGAAUGCAGGUGAGGCUUCAAACUUUGUUAAUCUGCUUGCCGGUGAUACUGACGUCCACCUUUCGCAGGCCUCCUCAAUCAUCUUGGUCAACACCAUCGGCCCCCUCGUCCUCUUUCAAGCAGUCUACAGCUUGCUCAAUGCCAGUCGCGGCAAGUUCAUCGUCAUCUCCUCCUCCCUUGGCGCAGAGUUCGGCGCCAACACGCCCAUUGGCUUCACCGCGUACGGUACGUCGAAGGCGGCAGUGAACUUCCUGGUCAGGCGGAUUCACACUGAGUGCCAGGAUAUCAGUACGUGUGCCACGCGUCGGGAAGAUUGGAUGUUGGAUGUGCUGACGUGA